GCGAGGGGUUGAUCUGAGCCCUGCUCGGGGAGCGGCGCGGACCUUUUGCUGGGACUCCGGCCUUGUGUCCUCUCAGCCUGGUGGCCCCACACACCUACUACCAUGGAGAUGCGGCCUCGUCUCGGGGCCACCUGUUUGAUGGGCUUCAGUUUCCUGCUCCUCGUCACCUCUUCUGAUGGACAUAGUGGGCUUGGAAAGGGUUUUGGAGAUCAUAUUCAUUGGAGGACACUAGAAGAUGGGAAGAGAGAAGCAGCUGCCAGUGGAUUGCCCAUGAUGGUGAUUAUCCAUAAGUCUUGGUGUGGAGCUUGCAAAGCUUUAAAGCCCAAAUUUGCAGAAUCUACAGAAAUUUCAGAACUUUCCCAUAAUUUCGUUAUGGUAAAUCUUGAGGAUGAAGAGGAACCCAAGGAUGAAGAUUUCAGCCCUGAUGGGGGUUAUAUUCCACGAAUCCUUUUCCUGGAUCCCAGUGGCAAGGUGCAUCCUGAAAUCAUCAAUGAGAGUGGAAACCCCAGCUACAAGUAUUUCUACAUCAGUGCUGAACAAGUUGUUCAGGGGAUGAAGGAAGCUCAGGAAAGACUGACAGGUGAUGCCUUCAGAGAGAAACAUCUUGAAGAUGAGUUGUAACAUGAAUGUAUCCCUUCUUUCAUCAAAGUUGCUGUUCUGGAAGGAAAACAGCAGUGGAAGGGAAUAUUGAGGAAUCACCUAGAACAAUUAAACCAACCAGGAAACCUUGCUCCUACCUGGACUGGAAGGAGCUCUCUCACUGUGGAAGAGUUCUGCUGCCAGAAGCUGGUCUCCGUGUUUGUGGAUCCAGCAGAGUGCGGCAGACUUCCUUCUUGUGCUCCCUCUCACCUAAAUGUCGAUUUGUCAUUGAAUGUAAAGAAUGAAACCUUUUGACACAAAACUUGAGCCACUUGGAGGUUUACUCCUCACACUUAAGGAUUUGAGUCUUUUCCCAUUUCCUUCCAUUUCACUCACAUUGGUGGUAAAAAGAGACUAGUCGCAUCUUUCGUACAAUGUUAAAAUUGCAGAAAUAACUUAUCCUUUUUUUAAAAAAAAAACAAUAAAUCCUAAAUGUGAAUCAGUAAUUUUACCCCCUACCGAGGAGACCAGACUGUUUUUUCUGUUUUUCUCCUGGGAAUAAUCUUGGGCUUCUUCCCAAAUCCCUGCAACCUCCUUCCUCUUUUCCUGCGUGGGCUUUCCUCUUUGCACUCAUGUGUGUGCAGGAAUGGCUGUGUGCUUGGACUCAGCCCCAGCUGGAAGCAUGCUUUCAUUUAUUACUGUUGGAGAAACUCAAACCUUCAAGCCCUAGGUGGAGCCAUUUUUGUCAAGUUAUCAAUUGUAUUUUUGUACUGGGGUUAAAAAAGAUAAAAUAUUAAU